GGGCUGUCUGUGAGAAAGACGGCGCACAUCGCUGCUGCUUUCGCCAGAGAUGGUGUCAGAGGCCGCUCUAUCACGCAGCUGGCUGCAUCAGGCAGAGAGCGCGACUUUUUUCGAUGGGUACGAUCGCCUGUAGAACCUUACAACACAGAGGUUCCGAUUAUGGCCACUGUGGGGCUGGACAAAAAGAUCGUGACAGCUGAGGUGGGGUUUGUACUUCCGUCGGAUAUGCUUGCAGCGAUGUAUUGCAAAGGCGAGGAGGUUAUGAGACAAUGCAUCCUUGGCGCAGACGGUGCUGCAGGCAUUGCCUCCUACUGGGCGAAGGAAGACCCGAGCUUUCUUCGGGAACUCGACCUGUCGCACGACGAAGCGCUCCACACAAUCCCGAUGGGUUUCCAUGUGGAUGGGGUGCCGAAAUGGCAUGAUGAGAGCGCAUCGUUCUGGUCGUGGAUGACGCCUAUGACGACAGCGAGCAGCUUGGUGACUCGCCACUGCGUUGUUGGCAUUUCCACGAGCAAAGUGUGCGUUGAAACGCGGCGUGCUGUGCUCGACAUCAUUGCGUGGGAUUUGCAAUCGCUCAGGACAGGUGUCUGGCCAGUAGCUGACCACUUGGGCCGGGAGUUCGCGGCUGGCAGCUCUCGAGCGCGCCGGGCCGGCACGCGCAUCGCUGGACCUUGGACAGCUUGCUUUGCGUUCUGGAAAGGCGAUCAGGAGGCGGCGGUGGAUGAGCACCUUAUCAAGAAUCAUUAUCGAUGCAACUUCGUUUGUGACUUUUGCUACGCCUCAAAGGUGCACAUGUACCUUUCCUACGGAGAUCUAACAGAAAGCCCCAAUUGGCUGGACACUAUGUGCGUUGAUGACGCUGACCCUAGUCCCUGGCGCAAGGUGGCGGGGUACUCCAGGAGGCGCAGGCUGUGGGACGGACAGAUCCAUGACUAUGUUGGCCUUGACCGCGGAGUGGACCCUGACGAAGCCCUGCACAGGGUAACCGUUCUGGCCCAGACGUGGGCUCGCACUCGCAAGCUGGAUUUGUCAAUGAAGCCUUUGUCAACAAGCCGUUUGAGCUACACUGGCUACAAGUAUCCUGAACUUGACACACGGGUCAAAGCUGCCAGAACACGGGUGCUUUUUGAGUUUGUGACACAUAUGGCACUGGACAUCGAAAGUACGCUGAUGCCUCCUGGCGCCACUGCGCUGGAGCUCAUGAGGGUGCGAAUGAUUUGCACCAGUGUUUGGGCCCUGUCUCUGUGCCUCUCCACGUGGUACAAGGGGGAUCGACCGUUUCUUUCACAUCUGCAAACAACGACAUCAGUUGCUCUUGGCCGUCUUCACUUGAGAUCAUAUCAAUGGCUUGCUGCGGAUGCGUUACGUGCUCGCAAACUGCUUUUUUAUAUCCGGCCAAAGCAUCAUUAUCUCUGGCAUCUUUUGUCAGCGACCACCGCCUCGAAGUUUAAUCCUAUGCAGCUGUCAAAUUUUAUAGACGAAGACCACAUGAAAGCCCUUCGGGGGAUCAGUUUGUCUUGCCAUCCGAGAACAUUUUUGAAGACAUGGGCAAGACGCUACAUCUUGAAACGGCACUUGGUAUGGCACCGCAUCAGAUCGGAAAAGGCGCGUGUCAGAUGA